GGACGGCGUGAGGCCUGAAGGGGACUAUGCCAAACUGCAGCUGGAGUAUGACGAGUUGUUGGUUGAAAGGGACGACAUGGAGAAUGUGAUUAACGGGUUGUCAAAGCAUAAUGUGGCCAUUGAGAAAAAGGUGAGUAAUAACACUGGCUGAUUUGGUAGGAAAGGCAAGAUAUGCAGCACUGACAGCCCUGUGAGUAAGUUAUUAUGUGAUAGUCAUGGGCUGAUGGGAAGCAAGGCAAGACAUGCUGCACUGACAGCCCUGUAAGUAAGUUAUUUGAUAGUCAUGGGCUGAUGGUAAGCAAGGCAAGACAUGCAGCACUGACAGCCCUGUAAGUAAGUUAUUUGAUAGUCAUGGGCUGAUGGUAAGCAAGGCAAGACAUGCAGCACUGACAGCCCUGUAAGUAAGUUAUUAUGUGAUAGUCAUGAGCUGAUGGUAAGCAAGGCAAGACAUGCUGCACUGACAGCCCUGUGAGUAAGUUAUGUGAUAGUCAUGGGCUGAUGGGAAGCAAGGCAAGACAUGCAGCACUGACAGCCCUGUAAGUAAGUUAGGCAAGUUUUAAAAUUUUAAAUUGAAGCCACCACUUAUAAAGACAGGAUUAUGUGGACACUUUUUUUUUUUACAUUGUCAGCAAUUUUGAACUUUUGUAUUUAAGUUUAAAGCAUUUGGGACGGUGAAUUUCCAGCUCCUGUUGGUUUGAGAACUGUAAAGACUAUAUAUUGCUGCUGGAUAAAAUAUUUUAGGCCAAUUUUCCACCCUGGAACUAAUGAUUUUUUUGUUAAAGCCACCAGGGAGACUAAUUUUUAUUUGACUAUUUUUAUCAUUUGCCUUCCCUCCCGAAUAGAUGAAAGAGAUUCAGAGGCAGCUGGCAGAAUUCAAAGCUGCAGGUGCCAAAGGGAACCAGAGCAAUGGUCUUGAGAGCACAUCGGGGCAAACACAGGCGGAGAUCAUGAGCCUUAAGAAACAGAUUGCUCAGCUGACUGCACAGUGUGCUGUAAGUUUACAUUUAAAUUAAUUUGUGUUAGAGGCUUUGUGUUUUUGUUUUAUGUGCUAAAAGUAUUUUGUUGUAAAAAAAUAUAUAUAUAUAUAUAUUUAUCAAAAAACAAAAAACAUAUGUUAUUAUCAUUUUGAAAAUGAUUGCAAUUUUGUGUCCAGUGAUUUCCUUGAACAAUUUGCAGUCAGGAUAAGUUCUUAUUGUGAAUAUGUUUAUCAUAAACUCUACAUAAUCAAGUUUCAGGACGUCCUCCUCACAUAGUCACAUCAACAAAGUUCGAUCUUGAGUGUAUAACUAUAAUGAAAAAAUUACUCAUCGAGCAAGAAAUAAAAUGUUUUUCAAAAGUAUAAAGAAAUUAACGCUCUGUAGACUUGUGUUGAUGGCUGCAGCUGUGAUUGUAAUCUCAUUGAGCUUCUGUCAUUGCAGGAGUGGGAGAAAAAACAUGCUGACACAGUCACUACAUACAGGACACACCUUCUCAGUGCUGUUCAGGUAAGGCUUGGACCAAGUGGGAGCUUACUCUCUUUUCACCUUUGUUUUACAGUUAAAGUAAAUACAAACAGACCUGGCUGAGUUGGUCUAUUUGGAUUGGCACUCGCUACUCUUUACUCCACCAUAUGACAUUAUUUAAGGGUUGUUAUCUGUUCUGUAUACAAAUUACCUGAAAAAUGAAUGUGUUUAGUUUUUUUUAAAGUGAAUUAGAAAAUUGAGAUUCAUUCUCCAGGGAGAGAACUCUUGUUAGAAUUCAUUAUAAAAGAAUUUUUUUUUUUUUGCCUUUAAAAAAAAACUAAUUACCUUUUUCUCAUUUAAACAUUACUAUAUAGGGCCACAUGGACCAAGAUGUGAAAGAUGCCCUAUAUCACAUCAUAGAAAUACGAAGCAUGGAACAGUUUUGUUGACCCUAAGUUGUCA